AUGGUUUCUGCACGCUUUCUCUGUGGUUUGGCAUUGUGCCUUGCCGCCGUUAAUGCUGCACCCACACCACAGCAGCCUGACCAACAGCAGCAACCACCACAACAACAACCGCCAUCUUCAUCUCAGCAACCCUCUCAAUCCGCUCAACAACCAUCCGCUUCUUCUUCACAAGUACAACCUCAACCUUCGCAACCACCUUCGCAGCAAAACCCAGAAAUUGCUAUUCAAGAUCAAGAUAACUUUUGUCUCUUUUUGCCCCCUCAACCUGGAUUGAAUGUUGCUCUUUACGAAACACAAGGCAAGCCUUUCUGUAUGGGCUCUACCUCCGUAAAGGACGCUGAUGAUUUGCCUGAAGGCUUUGUCACUGUUGCCCAUUAUCAAAAGAAUUCGACCUAUGAGCAAGUUACUGGUUACAUUGAUCGCUCAAAGUACAACCUUGAUGUCAAUGAUGGUGGUGGUCAAUACGAUAACCAUGGCCAAGGCAAACCUACUGGUGCUUCGUGUAAGGGUUAUCCCUACUUUGUUGGUAUGAUUGAGCCUAGCAGCAACCGAUUCUGUAUGCGCUGUUGCCAAAAUAAGGAGGAUUGCCCUACAGGUCGCUCUGAAUAUGGAUGUUUGCGUAUCAUUCCCGGUGAUUACACUGGCAAUGUAACCGAUACUACUACUGGUGGUGAUCCUAACGCUGCUGGUGGCGAUCCUAACGCUGCUGGUGGCGACCCUAACGCUGCUGGUGGUGAUCCUAAUGCUACAGGUGGCGAUCCUAAUGCUGCUGGUGGAGCUGAUCCUAAUGCUACAGGUGGUGACCCUAAUGCUGCUGGUGGUGAUCCUAAUGCUACAGGUGGUGACCCUAACGCAACUGGUGGAGCUGAUCCUAAUGCUACAGGUGGUGACCCUAACGCUACUGGUGGAGCUGAUCCUAAUGCUACAGGUGGUGAUCCUAAUGCUACUGGUGGUGACCCUAAUGCUACUGGUGGAGCUGAUCCUAAUGCUACUACUGGUGGUGACCCUAACGCUACUACUGGCACCGAUCCUAAUGCUUCUGGUGGUGACCCUAACGCUACUGCUGGCUCUGAUCCUAAUGCUUCGGGUGGCGAUACAUCAUCCCAAGGCACAACCGAUCCCAACGCUACUGGUGGUGACCCAUCAUCUCAAGGCACAGCCGGUCCCAACGCUACUGGUGCUGCUGAUCCUAAUGCUAGUGGUGCUGCUGCUUCCGCACCAGCUGCUAGCCCCAGUGGUGAUGGUACUACUAAUGCUGCUGCUCCCCAAAGCAAUGACCCUAAUGCUGCUGGUGGCGAUCCCAAUGCUAACACCAACACCGCUCCCGCACCUGCAGCAGGCCAACCUAUGUGA